UGACGUGUGAGAACAAUGUACAGUAAGACUCUUUGUGCUGCGCAGGUGUAUCGGUGUCUGGAUCAGCCCAUCACGGCUCUGAAUGUGUUUAAGCAAGGCUUGGAUCACUUCCCAGUGGAGGUCACGCUGCUCACGGGAAUCGCACGCAUCCAUGAGGAAAUGAAUAAUGUGAUCUCGGCCACAGAGUACUACAAAGAAGUCUUGAAGCAGGACAACACACAUGUGGAGGCCAUCGCCUGUAUUGGCAGCAAUCAUUUUUACACAGACCAGCCAGAGAUCGCCCUGCGCUUUUACAGGCGUUUGCUGCAGAUGGGGGUGUUCAACUGUCAGCUGUACAACAAUCUGGGCCUGUGCUGCUUCUACGCCCAGCAGUAUGACAUGACCCUGUCGUCCUUCGAGCGAGCAUUAGCCCUGGUGUCCAGUGAUGAGGAACAGGCUGAUGUCUGGUAUAAUCUGGGACAUGUUGCAGUGACGCGGAUCAUUUGAGACCAGGUGACUCCCAUGAUCACUCGUCGUUCCUGAUUGUUGACCAAGUGGAAGAGGAUACAGUAUCUUUGUUAGUCUGAUUUUCCUCAAGCAUUUGCAGGUCUAAAGUAAAGGAAGCUGUCGGGAGGUGGAGCCGUUUUCU